UAGAAUGUUUAUUGUCUGUUUUCAUGUUAAAAUUAAUUGCUUAAAUCCAAUGUACAAUAAACCCUACUCGUAAAGUUUUGUUUGUUUCAUAAUAAUAUUUAAAUCUGUUGUUGAUGUAACAAGAACAGAACAGAUAUAGAAGUGGCGGCGUAUCCAAUAAGCAUAAGUUUACACAGUACACACAUGAGGAACCAUCUAAUCUUCAGUGGAAUAUGGACAGUGUGGGCAUGUUUCUGGAGGCACUGAAGGGCACGCCUGGACAUGUCUGUGACACGUGCGGCCGCUCCUAUAAGUACAAGCACGGACUGGUGCAGCACCGAAAGUUCGAGUGUGGCAAAGCUCCCAUGUUCCAGUGUCCCUAUUGUCCCUUCAGGGCUAAGCAGAAGUUUAACCUCAAGUCACACGUAGUGGUGAAACACAACGAUCGCCUCAGCGAGGGCUCUAACGUGUGAAGUAGACUGAUGUCUCUCUCUAUCUUGCAGUAUUAAUUUUGUUUUAAGCAAUUCACUUGGCCCGUUGGGGGUUUUGUGUAAUUGUUACCUCGGGCAGAUAAUCUCAGUGGGAGGUUGUAAGUGAUAACUAAUGUGCUGUUUCAGUCUAAAUAAUAUUUUAUUUUUGCCAUUUCCAAAAACAAAUAUUGUAUUAAAAUUGACUACAUGAGAAUACAUUUGUGUGUAUUAUUUUUCUGCAGAAGCUUUAUGCAAUACUAGGUUUACAUUAGUACAUAUAUUGUAAUUGUUCGAUACACAUUUAAUAAAUAUUAUUUUUGUUGUUUUA